AUGGGUGACAUGUUUUCUUUUGAUUAUCCUAAUGAAAAACGAACAUUUAUUUCAAAAUUAAAUCCUGAUUCACCUGUAUUUUAUCCAUCUUCUUUCUAUCAUCAUAUUCAAGAGGUAACACAACCAGAAUUUUCUUUUAAAGAUAAUAAUAAUCAUUCACAUAUUCAACCAAUUACAAAUGGUUAUCAUGAGCAUGAAAAUUAUUAUUCAACGACUAUUCAUUCUAUAGAACCGUCCCAACAUCAUAUAUCACAAACAUCUUACAUUCAAGAAAUGAUACCCAAUAAUCGACAAUCAACAACAUUAUCUCAUAUUGAACCAGUGAAUAUAACUCAUGAUGAUCUAUCUGAACAAUCAUUAUCUCAUAUAAAAGAAGAUAACGAAAAAGAUGAAAAAACGUAUCAAUUAUCGACACAAUUAGCAGCUAAUUUUAAUGAUGAAAAUUUAGAUAAAGUCACAGUAAAAGAUGAUAUCCCACCUACUGAAAUAUCUAUUGAUCGAUCUUCCACACAACAUGAAAGCCAUGCUUCUUCCAAUGAAUCACAAUUAAAUAAAACCGAUGCUCAUCCCAUAACAGAACUUCAAUCUCUUGAUGAUUCCACAAAUCAAGAUGAACCUGAUGAUGUUCUUGGAAAUAACUCAUUACUUAAGCAUACAUUAAUUCCAGGUAUACCAGAUACUCGUCCAAGUCGUGAUACUCUUGCUACAGUUUCUUAUAAAUUAUUCUUAUUUGAUAAUUUAACGAAAGAGUCUCGUUUAAUUGAAUCAGUAACUAAUGAAAAUUGUUUUGUUGGUGAAUAUGAUAUUUUACCAGCAAUCGAUAUUGUUAUUCAAUUAAUGGAUCGUGGUGAACGUGCAAUGAUUGAUUCGGAAGCUCGACAUUGUUAUGGUGAUAUAGGUUGUGAAGAGAAACAAGUUCCACCAAUAACAUCAACAAGUUCAUAUUCAAUGAAAAUUGAUUUAGAACUUCAUGAUUGGAAAUAUGCACCUGAAAUUCAAGCAUUAUCUGUUAAAGAAAGACUUUAUUGGAGUGAUAAAAAACGACAACGAGGAAACUUUUCAUAUCGUCGAAAAGAAUAUUCUCCAGCUCUUACAUGUUAUCGUAAUGCAUUAAAAUUUAUAGAUAUAAUUCAACAUCCAUUAUUAGAAGAUGAAGAAGAAAAUACUCAAUCAUCGGUAUUUAUUGAUCGAUAUAUUCAAGUUCAAAAUAAUCUUGCACAAGUUCAUUUAUUAAAUAAUCAAUAUCAACAAUGUUUAGAAGCUGUCAAUGAUGUCUUAAAACAUGAUCCAAACAAUAUUAAAGCAUUAUUUCGACAAGCAAAAGCUUUAUUUGAAUUAGGAAAUUAUGAUGAAGUUAUUCAAGCAUUAAAAUUACUAUUACAAAAUCCAAGUAAAGAUGUUGAAAAAGAUAAAGUUAAUGAAAUGUUAAAUAUUUGUGAAACAAAAUUAGCUAAAUAUCAAAAAAAUGAAAAAGAAAUUUAUAAAAGAAUGUUUAAAUCGGAAACAAUUAUUAACGACAAAUCUCAAACAAAAAAUAAUAAUGAAAAGAUCGAAAUUAAAACUAAUAAUGCUUGGCAUAAAUAUUUUGUAGUAGGUGGUGCUACUGUUUUAGCUGCAAUUGGUCUUGCUGCAUUAUUGAAAUAUAAAUAA